AGCGAAUUGAAGCGGCAAGUUAUAAGCAAAGCGCACUAGUAAUUAAUGGCUAGGCAAUUACAAACCCCAUUAGCAUUGUUCUACCUUUUGCUCAUUAUCCUGAUCAAUGGCUCACAAGCGGGUGUAAUCACAGUGUACUGGGGUCAGAAUGGAAAUGAGGGCACCUUGGCUGAUACUUGCGCCAGUGGCUAUUAUGGUAUUGUGAACAUAGCUUUCCUAUCCACAUUUGGCAUUAAUGGUCAGGACCCCAUGAUCAACCUAGCCGGCCAUUGUGACGCAACCGCUAAUGGGUGCACUGGUUUAAGCUCCGACAUUGAAGCUUGCCAAAAAAAAUGGGGUAUCAAAGUGAUGCUUUCUAUUGGAGGCGGUACUGAGACCUACACCCUUUCCUCGGCUGCUGAUGCCAGGAAGCUUGCAAACUACUUAUGGAACAAUUUUCUUGGGGGCGUAUCUUACUCCCGUCCAUUAGGUGCUGCGAUCCUAGAUGGCAUUGACUUUGCCAUUGAUACAGGCACAAACCAGCACUGGGACGAGCUCGCAAAGGCCUUAGCAGAGUUUAGGCCACAGAAGAAUGUCUUCUUGACAGCGGCUCCACAAUGUCCUUUUACAGACGAAAAUCGUCUAGCAGCUGCACUAAACACUGGCCUGUUUGACUACGUUUGGAUCCAAUUUUAUAACAACGCUCAGUGUGAGUAUCUGGGCAGUGCGGACAAACUUAAGAGUGAUUGGAAUCUAUGGGCCACUAGGAUUUCAGCUGGUAAAAUAUUUUUGGGGUUACCUGCGGCCCCAGAUGCAGCUUACAGUGGUGGCUACAUCCCGCCCUCUGUGCUUAUUAGUGAGGUGUUACCUUAUAUUAAGAUUUCUCCAAAAUACGGGGGUGUUAUGCUUUGGGAUAGGUAUCAUGACAUAUUGAACAACUAUAGCGCAAUUAUUAAGCCCUAUGUUUGAACUCCUUGACAUUAACAACUACCUGCAUUAGUUUCUCUGUUAGUUAUCUUCUUCUUCUUUUGGAUGAAUAAGCAGUACUGUCUACUCUGCCUUACGUUACCAAUUACUACCGUGGAAGAGAAGAGAAGUGCUCUGUAUUUGAAGUUGACUGUUCCAUCGUGUAUUGUAGUCCUGUACACGAGUUAUCUUUUAUCAUUUCCUUUGUAAUCCUUUUAAGUUUAUCGUUAUCUUCAAUAAGCAGGUAG